ACUGAGUGUCACAGCGGCAGAGGAAGACGAAGCUGGACCGUGGCAGAAUAAUCUACAUUGACGCUCGCAUAGGUAUUACCAGCUUGAUGACUUCGAAAUUCUUGCGAGUAGCAAGAAUUGCACCCUUUUGUAGCGGACAUCGAGGAGCAACGAAUCAUUCAUCAAACGUUUCAAGUUUCCCGCGGCUCCUCUCGGUCAGCGCAAGCGCACAAAGUAAAUUUCUCUUCAGACAGCUGUUUGACCAGAAGAGCUGCACCUACAGCUACCUCUUGGCCGACCAGAACACGAAGGAAGCCAUCCUGAUCGACCCGGUACUUGAGCAAGUGGACAGAGACACGAAGCUGAUCAACGAACUUGGUCUUCGCCUUGCCUAUGCAGUGAAUACUCAUGUCCAUGCAGACCACAUAACCGGGUCUGGAAAAUUAAAAGAAAUCAUUCAGAACUGCCGCAGUGUCAUCUCUGCUGCAUCCAAGGCAAAAGCCGAUGAUCACCUUAAUCCUGGAGACAUAUUUGGAGUCGGUUGCAUUAAGCUGGAAGCCAGGGCCACUCCUGGCCAUACCAAUGGCUGCAUGACGUAUGUGUGGCAUGAGCAAAAGAAAGCCUUCACGGGUGAUGCGCUGCUCAUUCGUGGUUGUGGAAGAACAGACUUUCAAGAAGGAAACCCUGAGUGCCUUUAUGACUCGGUACACUCACAGAUUCUCAGCUUGCCAUAUGACUACAACUUGUACCCCGCCCAUGACUACAAAGGUCAGACAACCACCACUGUGGGAGAAGAGCUCAAGCACAAUCCUCGUCUCACCAAGUCCAAGGAGGAAUUUGUUGAUAUCAUGAACAAUCUCAACCUCAGCUAUCCCAAGAUGAUAGACCAGGCCGUUCCUGCCAACAUGGUCUGCGGCCUUCACGAAUUUGCAGAGACAUCAUGAGCCUAUUCAGAGAGCACAGCUGGACAUACACGACUUGCAUUUGCAGGAAGCAUAUUUUUAGGCAUAGGUAAACAUCAAAUAGCACACGGCACUUUGUCCGCAGUAGCGUUAACAUUCCGUAGUAUACAUUUGUUGAAUUCUUCCCAUAAAACUUGAAAUGUAGCAAGCGAGUGAUGCAACAUGCAUUUCAAUCGCAAUAAAGGUAUUUUGUUAAUUGCUCUAUA